CAACACUGCUGUCAGGAGAAUUUUGUAAUAAUAAAAUAGCUUAAUUUUGAAAUUACCCCAUAACUCUGAGGCAGAGUGAGAGGCGGCCAGCGGUCUAAUACUUUCCCGUCUCUCGCACAGCGGUCCAUCCAAAUUCACAGCGGCAGAGUUCGCCCGUCGGCAUCAGCAGUCCACUCCAGACCAGUCACACAAUCACACAAUCACACCACCACCCAACCACCCCCACCACGUAACUAGAAUGGCCGGCUUUCCCGAGUACGCCCGUGGCGAGGAGACGGAGGUCAAUGGCUGGAUUCGCUUCGGCCUCCGGCUGGGCGUCAGUGCCGCCCUGCACCCGUUCGAGUACUCCAAGACGCUCAUCCAGCUGGGCUACGAGCCCAUCGCCGCGAUGCCCGGCAAGUCGCUGCUGGGCAAGCCGAUCAUGAAGCUGCCGAAUAUCUUCCAGUACGCUGGCCACAUUCGGAAGAUCGAUGGCUUCUACGGCUGCUACCGCGGACUGGCCCCCAAACUGGUGGGCUCCCUCGUGGCCAUGGUGGUGAGCGAGCGGGUGGCCGACAAACUGGGCCUGGAGCAGCCGGAGGAGAUCAAGGACGACUCACAGCUCAGCGAGGAGGAGAUGUACGUCCAGUUCAAGUCGAGUCUGAAGCGGGACAUUGUGCUGACGGUGAGCGGAAUCGUGGCCUCGCAUCCCUUCCACGUGAUCUCGCUGCGCAUGAUGGCGCAGUUCGUGGGCCGCGAGACCCUGUACACCUCCAUCGUGGGCUCCGUGGCGGAGAUCUGGAAGACUGAGGGAAUCGCGGGCUUCUUCGCCGGCCUGGUGCCCAAGCUGCUGUGCGACGUGGCCUGCCUGGUGCUGAGCAGCUCCACCAUCUACAUACUGAACAAAUACGUCAUCAAGGACAAGCUGGGCAGGCAGUACAAUGCCGGCUUCACGCAGUUUGCCGUGUCCAGCCUGCUGUAUCCGCUGCAGGUGGUCUCCACCUGCUCGGCGGUCAGUGGCUCUCGCCUCAUGGCCGGCCAACCGCCCAUUAUGCCGGCCUACAAGAACUGGGUGGACUGUUGGAACGACCUGCAGAUUCGCGGUGAGCUCAAGCGCGGCAGCUCUCUUUUCUGGCGGUCCCAAGCGAUCAGCUCUCCGGUUAUAGCCACUUCCUUUGCGCCCCUGCCCAAGCUGGCGCGCUAUCAGUAGGCGCCGGCGCCGCGACUGAACAACGACCACGAACUGGCCAUGGCCCUGGAGUCCGCACUUCAACUGCCUAGCUGUGUUUGCCCUGCAUUUCAAUGGUGCUUCGACGACGAUGACGACGAGCUCCACAUCCCAAGACAACUGCAUUUGUUCUUCUGUCUCCACAAACCCAGCCACAAUAUUCCGUUAAUACAAGAUUACAUCUCUACGUGUUGAAGUGUCUGCAUUCCCAUCGUGGUCGCUUGGUUCUGCGCACUGCACUCUUCGCGCAGUUUCCUUUUUCUUUCAGGCUCCCACUAGCACACAAUUCUUUAGCAAAGAAAUAGUUGAGCUAAAGCUUUUCCCAAUCCUCCGCAGUCGGCGGCAUGAUUCUUGUUACUGUUUUACUGCAACAUUUUGAAAAUAAAUCGUUUUGCCCUACCAGUGGAAUG